GUUCUCGCUCUCCUCUCCGCUCAACUAACCCUAGUUGUAUAAUCUUGUUAAAUUUUACAUUAUUUUUUCUCUUUGCGAAAUUCUCUCGCCGAUUCAGAUCCAGGCCUAGAAAGCAAUGGCUGGAAAAGGAGAAGGCCCAGCGAUCGGAAUUGAUCUUGGAACGACGUACUCGUGCGUCGGCGUUUGGCAGCACGACCGUGUGGAAAUUAUUGCCAAUGAUCAGGGUAACAGAACCACGCCAUCAUAUGUCGGUUUCACAGACACCGAGAGGCUUAUCGGCGACGCUGCUAAGAAUCAGGUUGCUAUGAACCCGACGAACACUGUUUUCGAUGCAAAGAGGUUGAUUGGAAGAAGAUUCACUGAUGCAUCAGUGCAGAGUGACAUUAAGUUGUGGCCCUUCAAGGUCAUUCCCGGACCUGGUGACAAGCCCAUGAUUGUUGUGAACUACAAGGGUGAAGAGAAGCAAUUUGCUGCUGAGGAAAUCUCUUCCAUGGUUUUGAUGAAAAUGAGGGAAAUUGCAGAAGCGUACCUUGGUUCAACUGUGAAGAAUGCUGUGGUCACUGUCCCAGCAUACUUCAAUGACUCUCAGAGGCAGGCUACCAAGGAUGCUGGUGUAAUUGCUGGUCUUAAUGUGAUGCGUAUCAUCAAUGAGCCUACAGCUGCAGCCAUUGCUUAUGGUCUUGACAAGAAAGCAACCAGCGUUGGCGAGAAGAAUGUCUUGAUUUUUGAUCUAGGUGGUGGUACUUUUGAUGUUUCUCUUCUGACCAUUGAGGAGGGUAUCUUCGAGGUGAAGGCCACUGCUGGUGACACUCACCUUGGGGGUGAAGACUUUGACAACAGAAUGGUGAAUCACUUUGUUCAGGAAUUUAAGAGGAAGCACAAGAAAGAUAUCAGUGGUAACCCAAGGGCUUUGAGGAGAUUGAGAACUGCUUGUGAGAGGGCGAAGAGGACCCUCUCAUCCACUGCCCAAACCACCAUUGAGAUUGACUCACUUUAUGAGGGUAUUGAUUUCUACUCCACCAUCACACGUGCCAGAUUUGAGGAACUUAACAUGGACUUGUUCAGGAAGUGUAUGGAGCCAGUUGAGAAGUGUUUGAGGGAUGCCAAGAUGGACAAGAGCACUGUCCAUGAUGUUGUCCUUGUUGGUGGUUCCACGAGGAUUCCCAAGGUCCAGCAAUUAUUGCAGGACUUUUUCAAUGGAAAGGAACUCUGCAAGAGUAUUAACCCUGAUGAGGCUGUUGCAUAUGGUGCUGCAGUUCAGGCUGCUAUUUUAAGUGGUGAGGGUAAUGAGAAGGUUCAGGACCUCUUACUUCUGGAUGUCACUCCUCUCUCCCUUGGUCUGGAAACAGCUGGUGGUGUCAUGACUGUGUUGAUUCCCAGGAACACCACCAUCCCUACCAAGAAGGAACAGGUCUUCUCUACUUACUCGGACAACCAGCCUGGUGUGUUGAUUCAGGUAUAUGAAGGAGAGAGAACAAGGACCAGGGACAACAACUUGCUUGGAAAAUUUGAGCUCUCUGGCAUUCCUCCUGCACCCAGGGGAGUACCCCAAAUUACAGUAUGCUUUGACAUUGACGCCAAUGGUAUCUUGAACGUGUCUGCUGAGGACAAGACCACUGGGCAGAAGAACAAAAUCACAAUCACCAAUGACAAGGGUAGGCUCUCCAAGGAGGAGAUUGAGAAGAUGGUUCAGGAAGCAGAAAAGUACAAAUCUGAAGAUGAAGAGCACAAGAAGAAGGUUGAAGCUAAGAAUGCUUUGGAGAACUAUGCAUACAACAUGAGGAACACUGUGAAGGAUGAGAAGAUUGCUUCUAAGCUCCCUGCAGCUGACAAGAAGAAGAUUGAAGAUGCUAUAGAGUCAUCCAUCCAAUGGCUGGAUGGAAACCAGCUUGCUGAGGCGGAUGAGUUUGAGGACAAGAUGAAGGAGCUGGAGAGCAUUUGCAACCCCAUAAUUGCAAAGAUGUAUCAGGGUGCAGGUGGAGAUGUUCCCAUGGAUGAUGAUGCUCCUGCUCCUAGUGGCAGCGGAGCUGGUCCUAAGAUUGAGGAGGUUGACUAAGCACAUUCCUAGCCCUUCUGGUUCUAAGAUAUCUUGCUUUGUUAUUGUUGGAUGUUUUUAUUUUUUUAUUUUAGAAAAAGAUUGUGCUUUUUGGGAGACGGGGGGGUUAUGUUGAAGGUACUCUAGUUAGAUGAUGUGUUCCUUUUGAACUAUUAUUUCAUGGUGAUCGUAUCUUGCUCAACUAGUAGAUCAUUUUGGCAUUUUGCUGAUAUC